CUCUAAAAUUGCUGUGCCCUUGCAGGGCGUCACAUGGUUACUGUAUUUGUUAUGUACCACCUUAUUUUUAUGAAUGUGAUAUGCAAUGAAUAAAUAAAUAAAUGGAGCCAACAAAAUAAUCCAAAGGUAUGAUUGCUUUCUUUUGAUAGCGGGCUGCGUGGUGCGCAAGCGCAACGAUUUCGUCAGUGUUUAAGCAGUGCUCAUGCGGUCGCCACGACAGCUAACAGCGAAAGUGUGUGCUAUAAUCCGCGAUUACUCUAAUAUACUAUACUGAUCGAGUGGUGCAGUGACGUAAACCAACGAAAAUGAACAGUCCCUGGUAUGUGUUCUUGUACGCGUUGCUGAUCAGCGGCGCGACAUCCGACGCUGGCAAGGAAUCCGAUACCUGUAUCCCACACAACCUGUGGGGAGAGCUGCUGGAGGAGUGGGCUACGUCUGCACAGGACAAUAGGCACGGUCGAGUGAUGGCUCUCCCGCCCACGAAGGGGUAUUACGUGACGGAUCGUAUAGACGGCCCGCUGACGCCGCCGCCUCCGCCGCCCUCGCACGGACACAGCGUGCCGUACGGACCGCCCGCUACCAUGCAUGGACCCCCACCGUAUGGACCUAACUCACAUGGAACUAAUGGGCCGCAUCCAGGGUACGGACAGGGCGCCCCGCAAGGCUCCCAUGCGCCCCACGGGCCGCCGCAGCACCCCCCGCAGCCGGCUCCGGGCUACGCGCAGUACGACGAGUGGAAGGCCACGCCACCGCCGCCGCCGGGCGCGGGCAAGAUCGUAAACCGACCAACCAAUCCUUAUAAGGACAAGUUCAAACCAAGCUAUCAACUGCCGAACCAGUCGGCGCAGAACCAGCAACAGCCUAUUCCCGUGACCCACCCGUGGGCCGUGGACCGCGUGGACGCGACGACCCCGGCUGCGCCCCAGAAGCAGGUGUCGGAGACGGACCUGUACCUGCUCAGCGCGAUCGAGAAGCUGGUGUACCGUGCCGACCUUAUGGAAAAGCGCCUGCGACGCCUCGAGGACUCCGUGCACUACCUUGUAGCCGGAAAGGAGGUCAAACCAGAGCCGUGCGCGGGGAACUUCACCCGAGUAGGCAGUGGUUGCUACCUUCUGUCCGGUGAGGGCGGCGACUGGAAGGCGGCUAGCGUGCGCUGUCGCAAGCUGCGCUCACAUCUGUUGGAGAUAGACUCCAGCGAUGAACGCCGCGCUCUGUUCUCGCUGCUGUUAUCAAAGGACCAGUAUAAAGGCAAGGACUUCUGGACGGGCGGGCUGAACCCGGGCCUGCUGUGGAUCUGGUCGCACUCGGCUAAACCGCUCAACGGCACGGAGGGCGACACCGUCACCGUGACCGGCGCCGGCCGCUGCCUCGCACUAGCGCACGACCCGGCGCGCGCCACCUACCUCUACCGGGGACACGACUGCUCUCUGACUCACAGGUUCAUCUGUGAGUUGCCAGAGGAUCGCGGCAAAGUGAGCAACGAGAUCGACCGCGCCGCGCGAGCCUUACGCGACCUACACUCCACCGCGAGACAAGCCAGAACACUGCUGGAGCGACGAUAGAUAUCUUCUCUUAUACUAUACUAGCAAACCAGUGAACCAAAUGUUCACCAAAACCCGAUUUAAAAAAAAAAGUGUAUUUAAUUAAUUGAGAACUUCGGAGAUUUUGUGUGGUUUUGUUUGAAAUUCGUGAUUUCUCGAAAACCGGAAGUGCUACGUUACUCAAAUCCGGUUUGUAGUCUUAUCAGACUAUUCUUAACUUAUAACUUAAAUAUUCUCUUUAUCUAUCUCUUACGGUUUGGCCGCUGAAACAG